AUGUCAAAGAACAUCCUUGUCAUCCCUGGCAGUGGUAAACAGGGCCGGGGGACUUGCUCGGCCUUGACGAAACAGGGGUUCAAUGUCCAUGCUCUUGUCAGAGACCCAGCUUCCGCCAACAGCCAGCAACUCCAGAAGAUGGACGUGACCCUGCAUAAGGGUGACCUCGACGACAUUACUUCAGUCCAGGCCUCAAUGAAGGACAUCCAAGGCCUCGUUUUCUCGAUUCUCGCACACCCAUUCGACGAGCAGCGCCAAGCCUCAAAUGUCAUCUCUGCCGCGGCCGAGGCGGGUGUCAAGCACAUCGUUUACUCCAGCGUUGCUCAAACCGGCGAGCACGAGAAGUUCCCCGGUUGGGGGGAAAACUUCCCCCUAUCUUGGUACUGGCUCAACAAGCAGGCCAUCGAGGAUAUGGUGCGAUCGUCGUCCGUUCCCGCCUGGACUAUCUUACGGCCGGCAUUUUUCAUGCAAAACUUCACCCGACCAACGUGCGAAUUGAUGUUUCCUGGUCUCGCCGACCACCAAGAGCUCCGGGCUGCCUACACACCCGAUACCCGUCUUGACCUCGUCGACGUGGUGGACAUUGGGGUGUUCGCCGGCGAGGCUUUCCGGAAGCCCGAGGACUUCCACGGCAAAGCUCUGGCCCUUGCCGGCGAAAGCCUCACUUUGGCGGAAAUCGCGACGCGACUCUCAACCAUUAGCGGCAAGCCAGUAAAACCCAGAUACCUCACUGAGGCCGAUGUCGAGAAAUUGAGGCGUCAGCAAUGGCUGCCAGUCGAAAGCUUCGAAUGGCAACGGGAGGUCGGCUACCAAGUCGACAUCGAUGGCCUGCGCCAGUUGGGGGUUCCUCUGCGAACGUUGGAUGACGCCCUCAGCAAGGAUAGCCUCGGUUGGUGA